GCGCGCACGCAGCAGGAAGUUAUCUUCUUACUGGCAGUGGCUUCAGUUUUGUUUACAUGUGACAUGAAAUUUGCUGAGUUGAUGACGUAUCUCCGCGAGGACCCCCAGCAUGUUCCACCGCAGUGCUACUCCGAGAGACCGGACAUCGUACACGCAUGGCUCUCACACGCAGGGCCCGUACACGCCCUCCGCCCCGGUGGCCCGGUUUUACCCUCACAACUACCAGAACAUGGCUGCUGUCAGCAGCUUCAAGGGUCCUAUUCGAGACAGAUUACCCCAAUAUGAAUGGCAACCCCCAGUAUUACCCCCACCAUUACCCCCUCCUAAUGCAGUAACUAUGACCAACAGACGCAAGAGACAGAAUGAGGAAUACAGUCCUCAUGUUGUGAAACGGCAACGUCUUUCCCCACCCCGACCAAGAACACCCCCGCCACUGCCCCGGUAUCGUGAUGAAGUUGUUGCCAGGCCCUCAAGAUCAACCUUUGAUGGUUAUGACCGCCCUCAUGCAAGCGUACGCUCCCAUCCUCGCCCAGAGGCAAUAACUGUCCCACAAAGACCCGACUGUUUGAUGAUCUAUGCUAAGGACAAGCUGAGCGCUCAGAUGGUGGAGCUGUUUGAAGCUUGUCAGCAGCAGAUAUCUGACUUGACCAAGAAGGAAUCAUGCCGAUCGCGACUGCUGCAAGACAUACGACGCAUCUACACAGCGGCUCGGCUGUACUUGACUGGGUCCUCUAUGAAUGGACUGGGCUGCCGGAGCAGUGACGCUGACCUGUGUCUAGUCAUCCAGGCAAAAAAAAGAGCUGAUACCAUUCAUACACUCUCUGCCCUCCAAAGGUUGUUUAAUUCACUCUCAUAUGUAGACAGGACUCAGCUAAUCAGAGCCAAAGUGCCAAUCCUCAAGUUCAGAGAGAAAAACAGUGAUCUGGAGUUUGAUCUGAAUAUCAACAACACGGUGGGAAUCAGAAACACAUUCCUCCUGAGGAGUUACGCUUAUGCUGAUCUCAGGAUACGACCCCUGAUACUUGUCAUCAAGAAGUGGGCACGACACAUGCUGAUCAACGAUGCCAGCAGAGGAACUCUGAGCAGCUACACACUGGUGCUGAUGGUCCUGCACUACCUCCAAACUCUUAAGGAACCUGUGAUCCCGUCUCUGCAGAGGGACCACCCAGAGUGUUUUAAUCCAUUCAUGGAAAUCGACAUGAUUCCAGACGGACCCAAACACAUCCCGCCCUACAUCUCCAAAAACCAGUCCUCUCUGGGAGAGCUGCUCCUGGGUUUUCUGAAAUACUACGCCAGAGACUUCAGGUGGGAUCAGCAGGUCAUUUCUAUUCGAGAGGCCAGAGCUUUCCCCAAGAACAACUCCAAAGAGUGGAGAAACAAAUUCAUAUGUGUGGAAGAGCCAUUUGAAAGAAACAAUGUCGCCAGGGCAGUCCACGAGAGGAUCAAGUUUGACGCCAUCAAAAGUCGGUUUGCAGAGGCAUGUCAGAUACUGCACAAGUCAAAGGACCUGAACUCGAUCAUCCCAGUAAGAGCCAUCAUCAACAAGGAGUUGUCCGGUAGAUAAAGGAUUUCUCCGAUGAGGCAAACUGACUGGAGUCCUCUACCUCAAAACAACCACAUGUCACAAAAGACUUGAGAUGUGCUGAAAGACGAGCCGAGGAACCUUGAGAGUUUAUGGGAGUCUGAAAUCUCUGGCUGCUUCCAUAUCACGUGUGUCAUGUGCUAAGCUGUCUUUCCUUAAAUUACGUCAUAUAAAAAUUCCAACAGGCAAGAGUGCAAGGUACUGUGAAAUCAAAACUUGGGGAAAUGCUGCACUGAAGCAGGAUAACAACGAUCCACGUUAUCAGAGCUGGUUAUUGCUGCUCUCUGUCCAAGUGCACAGUUCACUUUAAAAACAAACCAUGGAGACGAUGCAAAGGAACACUUGCUGUCUGUCUAUACGUGUGUCUGAAGCUUCAAUGGAAGCAGCGGUGUUUCCAAGUAGAAGUCUCAAACUCUUCUCAGAGCACAGCUUUUAGAUGCAUCCAUGGUGUUUGAGCCUGAACGCACAUGGUCGUACUGGAAAAGUGUUUUUCUUCCAUUUAUACAACAUAGAGACAGUAUUGUCAGUCUGGUUUAUGUGUUACAUCAAAGCCUCGUUUCUGUUUCUCCUAGGUCAGCAGUGGAAGUUGGACUAACACUUUUCUUUUCUUGUCUACCACUGCAUUAAAUGUACUGGGGCUUUUUUUGUUUAAAAUGGUAACUGUAAGUCACAGUAGUUGAGUAUGGAAAAACACAGAAGCAGUUGCACUUAUUCUGUGUUCAUGCACUUACACCUGCCUGACUGGUCUACUGUCUGUGUUUUAGUUUUAUAAACAAAUUACUAUUUGCUUGACUGGUUCACAAAUGAAGAAAAUUUGCCACUAUUAACCGGCCACUAUUUUGAUAUUUGAUUCAUCGGUUUGAGUGGGCUGUUUUUUUUUUAU